AUGGUAGACGUAAGCAGAAAGAGAGUCACCGACAGAACAGCGAUCGCCGAAUGCCGGCUUAACGUAAGCGCUGAAUUAAUAAAACUUUUAAAAGAUGGCGCAUUACCUAAAGGUGACGCUCUAGGCGUGGCCAGAGUCGCUGGUGUAUUAGCUGCCAAGCGGACAUCAGAGCUAAUCCCUUUAUGCCAUCCACUUCCAAUAGACUGCGUCCUUAUCUCUUUAGAGCUGCCAGAAAAGGAUGACGUUAAUACAGUGCAUAUUACUUGUGAGGUUCGAGUCACAGCGAAAACUGGAGCUGAAAUGGAAGCGCUAUCAGGCUGUUCAGGGGCCGCUUUGGCUCUAUAUGAUAUGUGCAAAGCCGUGGACAAAGAAAUGGUCAUAUCCGAUCUUAGAGUCGUCCGUAAGACAGGGGGUAAGAGCGACUACCCCCCUCCGAAGUUAACCCCCUUACCGCCGGUGGAGACGACCAAGCCAGUUGAUUGGCCGAAGGAGACCUUUGCCCCCAUUAAUGUUGUUUACAUGUGA